AUGUCAUCCCCACAAGAGGGUGAAAGCCUCCGUCGCGCCGAGGAAGUCAAAGACCUUCUCGAUUCUAUCCAAGAGCUGAUAAUACCCUUCAUCCGCUCAGCCGACGAAGACGCGGCAACAAAACACACAGGCCAUGGACUGAAAAUUGAAGGUGGCGGGCCGAGAACCGCGUUAGUAGAACACCACCCGCCCAAGAAGCUAGAGUCCAUUCUCAAAGAAGAGCUGGAGAUCAACGAUGGUAAGACCGGUAAAGAUGGCCUGGUCAAGCUCGUGGAGAGUAUCUUGAAGUACUCUGUCAACACAUGGGAUCAAGGGUUUUUGGACAAGCUGUAUGCGAGUACGAAUGCUGUGGGAGUGGUCAGCGAACUGGUAUUGGCCGUACUGAACACCAACUCACACGUCUACCAAGUCUCACCCGUCCUAACCCUGGUCGAAAAGCGAACGACAAAGUACCUAGCAACACUAUUCGGCCUCCCCACCUCCACCUCAGGAGGCAUCUCGCAACCCGGCGGCAGCGCCUCAAACAGCUCCGCCAUAGUAAUCGCGCGAAACACACUCUACCCCGAGACCAAAACCGACGGCAACGGCUCCCACAAAUUCACCAUCUUCACCUCAGCCCACGGCCACUACUCCGUCGAAAAAGCCGCCAACCUCUUCGGCCUCGGCUCCAAGAACGUCAUCGCCGUCCCCGUCGACGACCGCGGCUGCAUGAUCCCGUCUGAAUUCGAACGCUGCGUAAAAGAAAGCAAAGACCGCGGCGAAACACCCUUCUUCCUCAAUGCAACAGCCGGGACAACCGUUCAGGGCUCUUUCGACCCAUUCCCUGCUCUCAGCAAGAUCUGCAAGGAACAGAAUCUCUGGUUCCACAUCGAUGGCUCAUGGGGCGGCAGCGUGGUCUUCAACGAGAAGUACCGGGAAUCGAGGCUCAAGGGCGCUGAACUCGCGGACAGUAUCGCUAUCAACCCGCACAAGAUGCUCGGCGUACCAAUGACUUGUUCUUUCCUCCUUGCUCGCGACAUGAACACGUUCUAUCGCGCACUCACGCUGCCAGCGGGCUACCUCUUCCACAACGCGCCUGGUACCGACGCAGCGGAUAUUUACGACCUCGCUGAUCUGACACCUCAAUGUGGUCGGCGCGCCGAUAGCUUGAAGAUGUUCCUUGCGCUGCAAUACUACGGCCCGCAGCACUUUAGCGAUUUGGUCGCUCGUGGAUACGAGAACGGGGAGUAUCUUUUGAGCAAACUCAAGGAGAGUGGCAAUUUCAAGACGAUUAGCCCGGAGCCGUUGCCGUGUCUGCAGGUGUGCUUCUAUUACGCAAAGGGUGGGCAGUUGAAAGAGGACGCGGACGCGAAUAGUAAGGCGACGACGGAGAUUGCUAAUAGGCUUAUUAGCAGAGGCUUCAUGAUUGACUUUGCGCCGGGCGAGAAGGGCAAGUUCUUUAGGGUUGUAGUGAACGGGGGGUUGAUCAAAGGCACGUUGGAUGGGCUUGUCAAGGCGUUGGAAGAGACGGCUGCGGACUUGGGAUACUGA